GCCAGAUUGAGAAAGGAGUUUGAGAUUUGCGGCUGGAGAUGGAGAAGGUCUUGUGCUCUGCGCACGGGUUUCCCUGCUUUUUGAAGACUGGUGUCAAAGAUGGCCCAAGCAAAGGCAAAAGCUUUUACAUGUGUGGAGUCCAAGGCCAGCCACCCUGUGAAUUUGUCCUCCCCACCCAACUUUGUCCUUCUCACUGCUUAAUACAUGAGGAGUGUGUAGUGGAACUGCAAGUUUUGAUCCAUCAGCAGGAAACAGCUCAAUACAGGCUAUUCUUUCGAUGCACUAAAACUAAAGUGGAAGGAAAGAAGUGGUGUGGAAGUGUUCCAUGGCAGGAAUCAGAACCAACCAGAUUGUCAACCAAACCAGAAGCUCAACAUAUGUUGGAUUUACCCCUUAAUCAAAGAAACCCAUUCAAAGUGCCAUGCAAGAAUCAAGAACCAUUCUCUUUGAAACAAAUUAAUGAUUAUGAAGACAAGAAAUCAAAAGAAAAGAAAAAGAGAGAGCGAUUGGACUCUGAUAAAAAGAAUCAGCAGAUCUUAUCAUCUGAAUACGGUGGGAAAGAAUUUCCAAAAGAAACUAAUUUUGGAGAGAAAAGUGGUAGUUCAACCAGGGGAAACAAAGAAACCCAAACUAAAUCAAGUGACCCAACAACUGACCUUCAAGAAACUGUUCUUUUGAAUACACAAAAAUGUUGUUCUGGCAAAAAAACUGAGAUACUGUCUGAGCAUAUGAGGCAGAGUUCAGCUAUGAGACCUGCUGAAGAUGGCUUGCAGAAACAAGAAACAAGUUGCAACAGCCAGACAUCAAGUGUAAAGACCCCUAACGAGGAGCAACUUGGAAAGGAAAGAUUGGACACCUGCAUAGACAAAAGGGUAACAGAGAAGACUCAUGGCAAUGGGGGAAGUGAAAAGAGAACUGUGAUGUCCAGAGAACCUGUGACUGUUCAGGAAUGUACAGGCUUGCCUACAGUGUCCCCUAGAGAAAACCCAGAAGAACAGUCGGCAGUAUUACACAGGAGAAUGACUCCAGAAGAAAAACAGAGUACCAAUAAAAAUGUUAGUGAUGAUGAGUGGGAUAGAUAUGUGCCCUCAAAAUCGCCUGUUGGACUGCCAGUGGAUUCCUUGCAUGGAAAGGAUCACAGUCAGAAGAACGUGCCUUCCAUCUCACGAGGAAGAACCUCUUCACAAAGGGAAGAAAUUCGGGAUUCCAAAGCCCUUCACAGCCAACUUUCAGCUCAGUUAAGACAAAAAAAGAGCACUUUGAAAACGGUGAAUGUGCAGGCCCUUCCAGAUAAAGGGGAACGGUUAUUAAAGCAAGUACAGGAGCUGGAAACUGCACUUAGCUCUCUUAACCUGGAGAUGGAAGAUGGUGCAAAGGAAGGAGAUGUGAGCACUGUCAGAAAUGAAGAAGAAUUGCAGCACAAUCCAUUCAGCAAAAGCACCAUAGAGCCACCUAGUACCCUGAAGGGGAAAGGGCCACACGUGUCCCAGGAGCAUCGGGAUACCAGACCACUAGAGCUCCAUCUUCCUGUGGGAUCUAAUCAGUAUUGCAGUAAUCCUUCAAGAGACUAUUCUUCGGUGCAGACCCUUUACGGAGGCCGAAUGACUGAAGAUCGUCUCAGAGCUGUGUAUAAUGCCACAAGUGAUGCAAUUAACCAGCUCCACAAGUCCCUCAAGUCCUGCCCCAUGGAAGAGGCAAUGGUUGUAGACCCACCAGGGUUGAAGAUCUCCCUUUUACUGCAUCAGAAACAAGCACUUGCUUGGCUUCUCUGGAGAGAGAACCAGGCACCAUGUGGAGGAAUCCUUGCGGAUGAUAUGGGCUUAGGGAAGACUUUAACAAUGAUUGCGCUUGUCCUGACCCAGAAACAGUUACAGAAGGAGAUUGUAAAGGAGAAGAAAUUAGAGAUUUGCAUGUCAAGACAAGAUUCCUCUGUUAUAUUUUCCACCGGCACUCUGAUUGUCUGCCCUGCGUCCCUGAUCCAUCAUUGGAAGAGGGAAAUAGAAAGGCAUGUAAACAGUGGGAAAUUGAGGGUCUGUCUGUACCAUGGAUCCCACCGAAGUAAGAAUACAACAGUCCUCUCUGGAUAUGACAUUGUCAUCACCACCUAUAGUAUUCUGGGCAAGGAAAUUCCAACACACAAAGAAGAAGCAGAGGUGGCUGCUAAGGACCAAGUUGUGCAGGAUAAGUCACUUCUCUUCUCUCCCUUGCUCUGGAUAAACUGGGCUAGAAUUAUAUUGGAUGAGGCGCACAACAUCAAGAACCCCAAAGUGCAGGCCUCAAUAGCAGCCUGUAAGUUGAGAGCUUCUGCCAGAUGGGCUGUAACUGGGACACCCAUUCAGAACAACCUCUUGGACAUGUACUCCCUGCUGAGAUUCCUUCGCUGCUCGCCUUUUGAUGAAUUCAAGGUAUGGAAGAGUCAGGUAGACAAUAAUACGAGAAAAGGAGGAGAGAGAUUGGCUAUUUUAACCAGAAGCCUCUUAUUGCGAAGAACCAAGGAUCAGCUAGACUCAUCUGGCAAGCCUCUGGUCUCACUACCUCAGCGUCUCACGCAACUGCACAGAUUAAAACUCUCAGGUGAUGAACAGUCAGUAUAUGAAGUGCUAUUCAAACAAUCAAGGUCGACGCUGCAAUCUUACCUCAAGCGACAGGAGGCUCAAGCAACAGGGCAUUCUGGGAGUAACCCAUUUGAGAAAGCAUCACAGCAAUUUCAAGUUGGUCAGCAGAACUCCAUGGGAAAGACUGAUACUCCUCCUGUCUCCACUGCUGUCCAUAUCUUGUCCCUGUUGCUGAGGCUCCGUCAGUGCUGCUGCCAUCUUUCCUUACUGAAAGUGGCUCUGGACCAGGCCAACUUGGACAGUGAAGGCAUCUCUCUCUCACUGGAGGAGCAGCUCAGUGCUAUGACCUUGUCUGAACCUGACAGCAGCGACCCUCGGUCUAUGGUGUACCUCGCUGGUACACCUUUCAGUGUGGAUCUUUUUGAAGUGACUAGACAGAGUAGUAAGUUAUCAUAUCUCUUGGAGGAGCUAAAGACCAUCCAAGGUCACUCCCAGAAAAGUGUCAUUGUGUCUCAGUGGACUAGCAUGUUGAAGGUUGUGGCAGUCCACCUUGAAAAACUCAACCUGAAAUAUGCUACAGUGGAUGGCUCUGUGAAUCCAAAGCAGAGAAUGGAUGUGGUUGAGGAAUUUAACAAUAAUCCUAAAGGACCUCAGGUGAUGUUAAUCUCCCUCUUGGCUGGAGGUGUUGGCCUUAAUCUUGUUGGUGGAAAUCAUCUCUUCCUCCUUGACAUGCACUGGAACCCAGCUCUAGAGGACCAAGCCUGUGAUCGCAUUUACCGUGUGGGGCAGCAGAAGGAUGUUGUGAUCCACAGGUUCGUUUGUGAAGGGACAGUAGAAGAAAAGAUCUCAGAGCUGCAAACCAUGAAAAAAGAGCUAGCCCAGAAAGUGCUUUUGGGAAGAGGAGACUCCUUCACUAAGCUCACCCUGGCGGAUCUCAAACUUCUUUUUGGCAUUUGACUGUUACGUUUUUGAAUAGGAAGGAAUCACAUGUGUGCCUUGAAAAGUACAUUAGUGGUGUAUAAAUACAAUGACUGAGUUGAGCUAG